AAGAGUCCGUUGCAGUAAGUUGUCGGCUGCGGUCGUGUUCGUGCGCGUCUAGUAUCAGUAAUCUUGUCAGUUUACUUUUAUCUUUUUGCCGCGUAUUGGCAUUUACCGUUUGGCGCCGUUCGUUACCAUUUACCAGCUAUAGUACCUUCAACCUUGUGGCUAGUACCUUGUUGUUGUCACGCACUCACGCGACACGCACUCCUGUUAUCCCGCCAAAAUCGUUUUGUGUUUCCAUUUCGAUUGUUCACCGACCCGGAGCAGAGUGCAGGCGCUGUCCACUGCCCUUUGUUAGUUACCACUCUGCACUCGCCGCUUUUCAACUUGGCAAUUUUCGUCAUUGAUCCCGCUGUUCGCCUGUAUUCCAGUAUCUACUUCGUAUCUCCUCAUAUUUUGAUCCCGACGUGACGAACAACGACGAUGAUCAACUGUGUUUCGUGAGAACAGGGUAGUACUGCCACCGUUGACCGAGAAACUAAAGAUAGAUCGUCUGACAGCGCUAACUACAGUAGACAAGCCAUUGUGAUCAUGUACGUACAAGUAAGAAUGAUGGACACUGGCGUGUCGGUCACAAUACCCACAUCCAGGACAACAGUGCUCAAAGAGUUCAAGAAACUCGUCGAAGACAAAUUCAACAUCAAGCCGGAAAACCAGAGAUUGUUUUUUGCCGGCAAGCAAUUGGAAGACCAAUAUAGGCUAUUUGACUAUAGUAUAAAUGUAAAUGAUGUUAUUCAACUAAUGGUUAGGGCAGCUGUUGCUGAUUUAAACUCUCCAAAAAAAUCAAAAGUAACGAUAAAUUCAAUAAAAGAAACACCUACUCCAAGUUCUUCUUCUACCACCAGUUCAACAUUGAAUGAAGAUAAUUCUGAGGAGAGCAAAUAUUUUAAAGUCGGUGAUUAUGUUGAUGUAAAAGAUUAUACCUACGGAUCAUGGUUUAUUAGUAAAUUGAUCAAGAUAAAAAAAGACAGCUGUGUAGUAAAUAAACCAAAUGAUCCUAAAAGUCCAGUAGAAAACGAUGGGCUAGUUUAUGUUGCAGAAAUCUUACGAUGUCCUGAAGAACCUCCCAUUGAAGUUCAAUUGCAAGAAAUACGGCCUCAUGCGUUCGAUAUUUUGCCUUUUGAAAAGUUAAAAACAAACGAUAGAGUUCUCAUGAAUUACAAUGUUGAUUACCCUCAAGAACGCGGUUAUUGGUAUGAUGUACUGGUGAAAGAGAUAAAAACUAAUAGAAGAGGCCGUGACGUUAUUGGAGAUGUAUCUGUUGGGUUAGAUAAUGCAGUGUUAAAAAAUUGUCAUUUGAUGUUUCUCGAUGAUAUCUAUAUUGUAAAACCCUAUCAGUUACUUUCGGAGCGGACACCAGAAGAUGAUAAAAUUUUACAAACUGAACCUGCUGUCAUGAGAGCGGCUGCUUUGUAUUGUAUCAAAUGCAAAGACAACAUGAACAAAUCAUGUAAGGAAUGUGGGUGUCGUGUUUGUGGUGGAAAAGACAAUGAAGACAAACAGUUAAUGUGUGAUGAAUGUAAUCAUCCUUACCAUAUGGAAUGUCUUACGCCACCCUUAAAAGAGAUGCCACGUGAUGAUUGGUAUUGUCCGUCAUGUAAAAAUGAUGAAAACGAAAUUGUCAAAGCUGGCGAAAAAUUAAAAGUUUCGAAAAAAAAGACACCAGAAUCUAUGUCUACAUCAAAAAGAGACUGGGGUAAGGGUAUGGCAUGUGUUGGAAGAACAAAAAAGUGUAAUAUUGUGCCAUCAAACCAUUUUGGUCCCAUUCCUGGCGUUGAGGUUGGAACCACAUGGUUAUUCCGUGUACAAGUAUCUGAAGCUGGCAUUCAUCGUCCUCCUGUUGGAGGAAUACACGGUAGAGACAAUCAGGGUGCAUUUAGCAUUGUAUUAAGUGGUGGUUAUGAAGAUGAUGUCGACAAUGGUGACGAGUUCUUGUAUACCGGUUCUGGUGGACGUGAUUUGUCAGGAAACAAACGUACUGCUCUGCAGAGUUGUGACCAAGAAUUGACACGCUAUAAUAGAGCUUUGGCACUCAAUUGUAAUGCAAAAAUUGAUAGUGAAAAAGGAGCUACAGCUGUGGAUUGGAAAAAAGGCAAACCAGUUAGAGUUGUACGAAAUUAUAAACUUAGUAAACAUUCCAAAUAUGCACCAGAGUUGGGAAAUCGGUAUGAUGGUCUUUAUAAAGUAAUAAAAUAUUAUCCUGAAACUGGAAUAUCAGGAUUCACUGUAUGGCGUUUUGUUCUAAGACGUGAUGAUUCCACGCCAGCUCCUUGGACUGCACAAGGCAAAAAGCGUAUAGCACAAUUAGGCCUUAAAUUAAUUUAUCCUGAAAACUAUAUACCUACGGUUACUAACAAUGACACAAAAUCAAAAUUACCUGGAUCUAAAAGAAAAAGAACACUACAGGACGCUGACAUUGAGGAUAAUGAGCAGUGUAAGAAUAAUGAUCCAAAGAGAAAUUCUUCGGAAAGAGAAGUCACUGAUAAUCCUGAAAAAAAAUCAAAAAUUUUGUAUAAACUUGAAAAAGAAGCAGAAACACUAAUUACAGCAGAUGUUGCCAAUACAAAAUAUUGGGAAGACUGUAAAGAGUAUUUAGAAAAAGGAAAAAAAGCAUUUUUGGAUAGAGUUGAAGAAAUGUUUUCUUGCAUAUGUUGUCAAGAAAUUGUCUUUGAACCAAUUACAACUGAAUGUUCUCACAACAUUUGUAAAGGUUGUCUUAGAAGAUCAUUCAAUGCUGAUGUGUUCCAAUGUCCGUCAUGUAGAGCAGAAUUGGGGAAGAGUUAUCCCAUGAAUGUUAAUGUGAAAUUGGCUAAAACGCUGUUGUAUUUGUUCCCAGGAUAUAAUUUAGAUCGCUAAUAAAUAGUUUUUAAAGACUCUGUGCCCAUGUAAAUAAUAAUUGAUCACAGUACAAAACAUACUCGCUCCUUCUGAACAGUCUGUUUAUUCAGACCUAUUCAGUGCGUUUAUCUAUAUAUAUAUAUUAAUUUAUUUUAAUUAGACAUCAACGUAAAAAUACACCAAAAAGUGUUAUUUUUUUAUUAAUUGGACACAUUUAUUCAUAUUUUGUAUGUUUAAUUUUAUUAAAAUAACAUAAUAUUGACAGUUAUUUUAUCAAUUUUGUAUUUAUAUUUUAUCAACCUAUAUAGUUGAUUCUAAGACUAUUAAAUAUUAAUUAUUUAUUAUCUAAUGCCUAUGUACAAAGUUAAAUUGUAUUAAUUAAAUUAAAUUCAUUUUGCUAUUUUU